AUGAGCCCCUACGACUGGUCUACCGAGAACUACCUUUUCGUUGACGGUUGGGAAAAAUCCAUCUCAGCAUUGCCAUGCCGCGCUUCCUCUGGGCACUGCUCCCACCACUACCCAGAGCCCGAGAAGAGAGAAAGCAUUCAAGCCCCGUCUUCAACUUCAGUUUCAGCUGGAUUGGCCCACUCAUCAGGUGCCAGAGGCACUCCGCAGCUCGUCCGAUUACCGGCGGAGCUCUUCCUCCAGAUCGUCGACUACCUACCACCUCAUGCGGGCAUGGCUCUUGCUCUAACGUGUCGUUUUACCUACGCCUCAAUUGGUAGCCGAUUCUCAGCGUCCCUCCCAAAGGAUCCUUUUGAUGAACGGCUCGAGUUUUUUCGGCUGCUACGAAGGGACUUUCCUGAUUACAAAGGCUGCCAUUCGUGUAGAUCUCUCCACAAAGCCUUUUCGCAACACAAGAUCAAGAUUCCUAUCGGUAUAUGGAACCUUCCAGCGUGGCCAGAAUGGUAUCGUUACCGCGCGCUCGUCUACGUUCUGGAGCCGCUCACUGCCAAGGCCCGAUCGAGCGCAGCAAUCAACGGCCGUAGACCGCUUUAUCUUCUAACGAACCAGCACGCUCGUCUCAUCGAACGUCCGAUACAGCAGUGUCUAGGCUCCCUCACGUGCUUUGGCGAGAUGCUUUUCCCCGACGAUGGAAGCCCACUAGCUGGUGUGCGGUAUCAAUUCAAAUUUGAACCAUCUAUUGUGGGCAACACCAUUUCAUGGCGCGCCUGGCAAUUUGUUGAUCUAACAAACCACGGCGGUCGGUACGAUGAUUUGGAGCGAGCAAGAACAUUCUUCUAAUUGGCAUUUACAAAACACUUGUCUAGAAUUUAUCACUUAUUAAAGAACACUACUAAAACAGCAAUCUGCACGACUCCACAUCUCCGAUACAACUCCAACCAGGACGCUCUAGGAAUUGCUUCCUAUAACCUUCAAAAUCGUCUCCAAAACAAACACAAACUAGCCUUAGUAUCUGCUUAUACACUACUCCAACUUCAUAGUGGCUCGUGGCUUCGGAAAUGGAGCGAAGAGC